UAGAGCUUAGACCUGAGUUAAGUGUCUUAGGCAGGUCAUUAAUGUAGAUUCAGCUUUAACAUUCAUCAUUACGUUUUAUAAUGCUGGUUUUUGUUUAGAUAAAAGAAAUAAAAACAGCAACUCACCAACAACCAACAAAACUUACAGCAGAAUGACAUCAACUGACAGGUUCAUCCUCCUUCCUGAUGCUGAAGCCUCCAGCAAAAAUGGCAAAACCACAGUAGACAUCGAAGCUGUUACAGCAUACAUCACUAUUGUCUUUUACACAAUCACUGUACUUUUUGGCAUCACUGGAAAUGCUGUGGUCAUCUGGAUGACCGGAUUCCGUCUAAAAGCCAGCGUGACCAAUGUUUGGCUGGCCAACUUGGCUGUAGCAGACCUGAUUUUCUGCCUCACUCGUGUCACUUCCUUGAUUAAGAAACUCUUCUAUGAUUAUUGGCCCUUUGGUGUGUUCCUCUGCAAGUUCAAUGGAUUCUUCAAGUACACCAAUAUGUUCUGCAGUGUUUUCAUCCUGGCCGUCAUUAGUCUGGACCGGGCGGUUUGUGUUUGGCAGCCAGUGUUCAGCAGGCAGCGGCGAACUCUAUGUGCAGCUAGACUCAUCAGCGUUGGGGUUUGGAUGGUGGCAGUGAUCUUCAGUGCACCGUAUUAUGUCUACCGUCAAGUAUACACAGGCAAGAACAACUUCAGCAAGUGUGGCGUGGAGGUGCCGGAAUCACCUGAAGGUGACAACAGAACUAAGCUGGCUUUGUACAGCAUUCGCUUCUUAUGUGGAUUUUUGUUGCCUUUCCUCGUCAUCCUGAUCUGCUAUGUUCUAGCUGGUUUAGGGAUACAGAGAACACGAAUCCUGCAGAAAUCACGGCCUCUUCGAAUUCUUGCUGGUUUGGUCUGUGCAUUCUUCCUCUGCUGGGGGCCUUAUCACUUUCUCCUUUUGGCCAAAAUGGUGGAUAGCAAGAGCCAAGCGGUGAAAGUGGGACUGCCCAUUGCUAGUGGUAUAGCCUAUAUUAACAGCUGUGUUAACCCAAUUCUGUACUUCUGUAUGGGGCUGGACAAGAGGCGGCGCUUUAAACAAAGCCUGUCUCGGGUCUACGCUAGAGCUCUAGCUGAAGACUUCGAAGGGCAGACCUCACAGUCUAAAGACACAGGUUCAGGAACUGUGGAGGAUGGUCCAGUUUCAGGAGAACUGCAAGAGUCAUAGUGACAGGGAAGUAUGUGGUUAACGUUUAAAAAGCCGCACAGUAAGAAGAAGCUAAACAUCAGUUUAUACAUGUGUUAGUUAUGUGGUUGAUGUUUGUUAUGACUUUGUGUACAAUACAUGCAAUUCGUUUUAACUAAUGCAGUUAGGAAAACAUCAAUAUAAAGCAUGGCCAACAGGAUGACUCCAGCAUUCUGUCUAGGAAUGGUUUAAAAUAAAUAAGUCCUCGUUUUACAAAACAGUGUUUAAUUGAAGCUUCUUUUCUAGAGAAGAGUCAUGGGCAAGUCUGUCCAAAACAAUAUUAAAAAAAAAUAAUAAUAAUAACAAGGACACUGAGACUGACAUCAAGGAGCCCCAUAUAAUAAAAAGGUGUUAUGUAAAGGUUGUUUUCUUGAUUUGGUCUAUGCCAUUAUUGUAAUAAUUUAUAUUUCAAUAAAUAAAAAAAGACAUUAGAUUUCAGUUCUGAUGAGACUGAUGAGAUCUUGAAUAAAUGAAGGAAAAAUACAUUUAAAAGUUUGAGGUUUAGAUAAGACACUGUGGUUCAUUCUCUUAGAUAAUCCAAAGUGUUAUUCUUACAGUAUUGCUAUAAUAUUUGUUGUUAUGUUGACUAUCAUUAUCUGCUAAUAAAAAAAAAUUGUGUGCCCUCUAGUGCACACACUUGAUACUGUAA